UUUUCUCUUUUUUCCCCUCUCUUUUUCUCUUCUUCAAGGCGGGCCUUCUUGUAUUCAAUUUGUUAACCCCAUUUUUAGGGGUUUUGUUUUAUUUUAUGGUAUUGAAUUUAUUCCGUCCUGUCGUUCUCGUUCUUGCUCUCUCGAAACUCAGCCUCACACACUUUGGGAACGAUUGCACAAAUACUUAUCCCUUUCGCUUUGUGUUGUUUGCCCAUCGGCCAUGACAAGGAGUUGAAAUAGGUGCUUGGAUGUAGAGCAUUUCGGCGCACGACGAACAGUCUUUAGGAGUAUUUAACAUGGUGUCAUUUGAUAACAAACGACGAACUGGAGACACCCAACAAUGGGAGGGAUCAUCCAAGAUGGAUCUGCGGUCGACUAUCCAACUACGCGGCUUGUUGAGGCCAAGGGAUAUCAAAGGUGGCACCGUUAAGAGCAGAAAACUGCAGGCUCGUCAUGCUAUUCGGCAACGAGGGGAAAGCGCUGAUGGCUCCCGCCAACGCGACAUCAACCGUGAUAUACGUGAGUUAAGCGCGGGCCCAGGCAACGAUGGCGAACAAAUAGGUGUUGCGAAACCCGGCAAUACACUUAGAGCGCUUGGCGACGAAGACGACAGUGUUGGCGAUGGCUUUGAUAGCGAUAGCGGCAUUGAUAGCGGCCUAGACAGCGACAUUGAUGACGUUGACAGCGACGAUGACGAUCCGCCGCCUCCGCCGCCUCCGCCCCCGCCUCCACCUCCACCAACUUCAGUGCCCACUUCGGGAUCUAUGGUUACCAUGACUGCGCGACCUCCAAGUGAAGUAACCGCUACUGAGCCAGAUGUCGUGACCGUGCCUCUGCCGCGGCCUUCGUCGCCCUCGCCAACUAUCCGCACAACGCCACUUGCUUUGCCGACCAUACUCGACCCGAGCCGAGUUGUUCUACCUUCAACCGGGGCUAAACAGGAAGGCGACGGAAAUCCCACACCAUCGUCGAUUGCCACGGAUAUCCAGCAAACUCUCACAACAACCUCUACACCAACACCUAUAAUAACACCUAUCCCAAUAACAACUCCAACAACAACUCCAACGACCUCAACGGCAACCCCGAAGCCUUCCAAGGGUUUUAGCGUGGGCGACAAUGACGGCGAAAAAGAGGUUCAUAAGGAACACGUAAACCGUACAGCAGAGCACGUCUUCAUUGGAGCUGGCGCAAUAGGCGCCUUCAUCUUACUCUGCUUUAUAGCAUGGAUCGUCUGGCGGGUACUAAAGAGAAAUAAAACUCCGGGUUCUGGUGGCGGCACCGGCAUAGGGUUUAUCGACAAACUGUAUAUGAGAAACAGAGAGCCAACAGAAGGCACUUGGAAUGGCCCUACGUUGUUCAUGGCAAAGGAGACGCCUCCCCAAUAUGAGAAAGGCGAAUACGGUGCCGUGCCAUCUGGCAUGGGCUUCUACGGUCCUGCUAAGAUGAACUCAACGGGCGCUAACGGUGCCAUCGGUUCGGUAGCCUCAGGCUCCGAGAGAGGGACCGUUCGACAACCGCUGAGAGGCAAUCCAGUAACCAAUGUGCUUGCAGAUAUGCCCCAAGCAGAAAAUGAAGGCACAAGAGCAAAUGGCAAUGUCUAUCCGACUUCAGGGUCAUAUGCAGCCCAGCCCUACUACGAUGAAUCCGAACUAUCCCGUCCACCACCGGAUAUGUUUCGACCGCCGAAACGAACAGCGACCCGAGCCAGUGAAAUAUCGUCAAUCUCGUCAGGAUUUGGCGAUGGUGACCUCUUUGUAGCACCAAGUUUUGAGACCAGCCAGCCUACGUCUGAGAAAACUUCAGAAGCCCCGCCAGGUGUUGCCCAGGGAUCUCGAGACUCUUGGAUGAGCCGGGAAGGUGCAAAAAGGGAGACGAUCUACACAGAGACAAGCGAGGACCGUCCAGCCAGAUUUCGGUCUAUCACCAGCUGGGUCAACCAGCAGGCAGGUCGGGCGAAGAGAGCAAGUUCCAGGGCGCGGGAACGUGGAGAAGUACCAGUGAUGCCGGCCAUCCCAGGCGAAAUAAGCGCGACGCAGCAAACCACCUACCGGUGAUGAAUCGUGCUAUUCGAUACUAAACAAGAUUUCAAUUGAUUGCCAUACAAUUUUGAUUUCUGCACUGAUGCUACAGCUUUGUUUCUUUCCUUUUUUCUAUUUUAUUAAUUCUGGUCUAGAAAGUGUGGGGGAGAGAUGUCUAUCCAGAACUCGAGGACUACCAGCUCUCACGGAGCCAAUUGGCUUCGCAGCCAUUCACUAGCCAACAACACUUUACAAUAACAACAACAACAACAACAAACUACCUAGUACACAAGGACCAUCCGCCGCACAAUGUUUCAACCGCUCGUCUAACAAUCUUGUAUGAAUGAGGACCGUUCUCUGGGUGGCGUUGAGGUCAACUCUUUUCAGCAUUUAUA